AACAUCACCAAGAAAUAGUACGACUCCCUAGAAUAGCAAUCACAAUGGUCAAAGACAAGAACACCGUCAUCGAGUACUUUGCCCUGCCGGCCCUGCCGAGUCUGCCCUAAUCCUAAGCUAACCCACAACCAGGGAAUUCAACGACCUGGUCAAUAUGACCCCCAACGAACUCCGCGACUGGCUCAAAGAGGAACAGUCUCAGUCUUCCGGAUGGAGUGGUGAAUCAGGAGAGACAAUCGGACAUGAAAGCGGUCGCAAGAUCGUCGACAUUCUAGAGCACAAUCCAUCCAAGGAUCCAGAAGGAUAUACCGACCAGGACAUCGAUCACAUGCGGCGGGUAGUGUCGUAUUGUAAGCGGCAUUUGGCGCAGGAAGAGAAAGCCAAGCAGGAUCCGAACAGUAAGAGCCAUCGGUCGUUGAAGAACUGGGGACACGAUCCAUUUAAGUCCUGAUUCUAGACGUGCACAUAUGUAACACGCAGUGAUCGGUAUGUACGCUAUGUACGCUAUGUAUGCGAUAUACGUAGAAUAAUUGUUACGUCUAUAUUCAUUAUCAAAUUACUAUCUUUUACACCAUCUUGAUAGACUCGUAUUCCUCCC